AUGGAUAAUAAAGUUAAGCUGAAAGAGGUGUAUGAGUUAAAACAGCAAUAUAGAGCCUUUUACACAGGCGGCACAGUUGCGUGGUCUUCUGAUGGCCAACAGUUCUUGUGCCAAAACAACGGCACUAUAAGCAUCGUGUCGGUAGGCAACUUACACGAACCACUCACUCUGGGCGACCAGCAAACGGAUAGUGAAAUAAAUGAGGAUGUUAUCUAUACCUUUGCUAUCAAUUCCACCGGCACUAGUAUCGCUUCAGCGCACCGAUCUGGCUUGCUUAAGCUAUGGAAUGGUGAAUCGCAAAAGAUGGAAAAAAUGUGGAAAACUGUCCACCAAGGUCCUAUUUCAAAGCUGGCCUUCAACACGGAUGACAGACUCAUUGCCAGUGGUGGAGCUGAUUCGACGAUCCGGCUGUGGGAUCCAACUGAUCAGGUGUGUCUCGGUACGCUCCGCGGAUGUACAGGAUUGAUAAACAUAAUUGUCUUUCACCCGGACACGGAAAGCAACAUUCUGGUGGCAGUCGGUGAUGAUACGAAGAUACGCGCGUGGAACUACGAGACGCGGCAGUUAAUUAAAACCUUCGAAGGACACUUUUCACGUGUUACCGGUGUAUCAUUUUCAACCGAUCGAGCUCACAUCGUUUCAUCAGGACGUGACAAAAUUCUCAUCCUGUGGAAUUUUGAAACGCAAGAAGCGAUUAAAACAAUUCCCGUCUACGAAGCGGUGGAAUCGGUUGUGGUUCUACCAGAUGGAAUAACGAUCGGCGGAAAAGUUUUGGAAAACGGGAAAGUGUACGCUGCCUGCGGAGGAGAGGAAGGUCUGAUCAAGGUGUGGGAAAUGACCACAGCAAAGAUUGUCUUCAAACAAAGUAACAGUUUGAUUGCGAAAGCGACUGACGAAGGUGGACUAGCGAUAACACACCUCUUUUACAGCGAACCUCUAGGCCGAAUGGCCGUCGUAUCAACCGAGCAUAAUAUUCUGGUACACGAUUGCGCUAGCUUCGACUGCCUGCAUCAGCUGUCAGGGUUUAGCGACGAAAUUCUGGACGUAAUACUGAUUGGUAAGCGCGACAGAUACCUCGCAAUGGCUACAAACAGCAACGACUUUAAGGUCUACGAUACUGCCACAAUGCACUGUCAACUGGUGAAGGGACACACCGACAUUGUGCUCUCACUAUGCGCCAACGAACAUUAUAUGCUUUCUUCGUCCAAAGACAACUCUAUUCGCCUGUGGCAGUUUGACGAAGAACCUUUCACCAUCAGCUGCGUUGCAGUGGGGCUUAAGCACACGAAUGCCGUGGCAAGUGUAGCGUUGAGUAAGCUUUCCGGUGGUUUUUGUGCCAGCGUUAGCCAGGAUCGAUGUCUCAAGACGUGGAAGAUUCCGAAAAAGUUCAAUAAAGAAGAGAACGAGCUGCCCCGGCUACAGUGCACACUGACUGAGCUGGCUCACGAGAAGGACAUCAACUGCGUGUGCAUCUCACCGAAUGAUCGUCUGAUCGCGACGGGUUCGCAAGACAAAACAGCCAAACUGUGGGGCGUAAGCGAUCUGAGUGUAGUCGGAGUGUUCCGAGGACACACUCGCGGAAUCUGGGCGGUACGCUUUUCGCCGGUGGAUCAAAUUCUGCUCACUAACGCAGCCGAUUGUACCAUCAGACUGUGGUCGCUGGAGGACAUGAGUUGCCUGAAGACGCUCGAAGGACACGACAGCUCGGUAUUGCGGGUCGAGUUCAUCUCUAACGGCAUGCAGCUGCUAUCGGCCGGUGCCGACGGUCUGCUGAAGCUGUGGACCAUCAAGACGUCCGAGUGUUUGCAAACGCUGGACCGGCAUGAGAGCCGCAUUUGGGCGCUUUGUGUGUCACGGGACGGAAGCGUUUUCUACAGCGGUGGAACCGAUUCACAGCUCAUACAAUGGCAUGACGUAACGGAGAGUAAGCGGGAGCUGGAGCAGAACCAACGGAAAGAAUCGCUACUGCAGGAGCAGGAGCUGAACAAUUUGCUUAGCGAAAAGAAGCUGCUAAAGGCGCUUCGCCUUUCCCUGAACCUCGACCGACCGCUCAGUACGUUGAAGAUCAUCAACGAGGUAAUCAAGACGCAAGAGAAGGGUCUGGAAGACACGAUUCGGAUGCUGUCAAACGACCACAAGGAGCGGUUGCUCCGGCACGCCAUCGAGUGGAACACGAACAGCAAAAACAGUCGGCCCGCUCAGCUGGCGUUGCACGUUCUGUUGCAGGAAAUGCUGGCCGGAAGGUUUCAAGUGAGCGAGCUCAACAAACACCUCGAGGCAUGCCUCCCCUACACCGAGCGGCAUUUUAAACGGUACACGGAGUACAUGAAGGAUCUUAAGUUCGUCGAGUUUUCACUGAACUGCAUGCAACCGCACGGAUCGAAGAUGGGUUAG